AUGUCUCCUACUGCUGGCCCAGCGCCCGGGCACCUCGGCAACCUAACUCCUGACCAAGAAGGAAAGGUGAUCGAAUUUUGGAUCAUCAUUUUAACCUCUGUUGCGACUGUAUUGUCGGCUGUGUAUGAUGUCCCCAUUCCAGAGGGACCCCCCAGCAAGCUUUUUGCUGCUCUGGACAAGGUCAAUGAGCCGACGGUGGAGGCUAUUAUUAGCGCAUUCAAGGGCGACGCCGUCAAUGGAGAGACCUCAAAUGGGACUGUGCCGGCGGAAUCAGGUAGCGAGACCAACGGGAAAACCAUCACAGAGAGCAAUUCCGACAAUAAAGAGCAGAAAUCACUCGACAAGGUGGACUCACUCAUGAAUGAACAUGCCAAAGACACUAUCAUUUCGGAAAUGGCCAAUCGAAAGGUCACCCCGGCGCACUUUGCUUCCCUUUUCUCGCGACUCCGAGAGCUAGGCGUGCAUGAGGAAGAAAUCAAGUCCAUGGAGCAGAUUCUCUCUAGGCUGACGCCUCAGGAAAUGUGCUUUGCGAUCUUGAAGAUGAUAAAGCAGGAACAUCCGGAUAGCUUGUUGCUUCGGUUCUUGCGCGCCAGGAAAUGGGAUGUUGGAAAGGCAUUCUCGAUGAUGGCGUCGAAUUUUCUGUGGAGAAAGGAAGCGGAGGUUGAUGAAGAGAUCCUGCCGCGGGGAGAGGAAUAUGCCCUGGAACAAUCCCGUAGCCCCAGCACUACCUCAAAGGAGAAGAAGGAAGGUACCGACUUUAUGAACCAGCUCAAGACGGGCAAAAGCUUCAUUCAUGGCUUUGACAGGGAGGGUCGACCUGUUAUCUAUAUUAGAGUGAAGAUUCACAAGCCAAGUGCUCAGAGUGAGGAAACCCUCGAGCGGUAUAUUAUCCAUAUGAUUGAAUCAGCCAGACUUAUCGUGGCUCCUCCGGUUGAAACGGGCACAAUUGUCUUCGAUAUGACAGGGUUCGGGUUGUCUAAUAUGGACUACCCUCCAGUCAAGUUCAUCCUCAAAUGCUUCGAGGCAAACUACCCCGAGUCUCUGGGACAACUGCUCAUCCAUAACGCACCCUGGGUUUUCUCUGGUAUCUGGAGACUCAUCCACGGCUGGAUGGACCCCGUCGUCGCAUCAAAAGUGCAUUUCACACGGUCAGUCGCCGACCUAGAUAAGUUUAUUCCACGCAACAAGAUCCCCAAAGAGUUCUCCGGCGACGGAAACUGGAGCUAUAAAUAUGACGAGCCCGCGAAAGAUGAAAAUGCGGUUAUGAAAGACACCGCUACGCGUGAGUCGCUCAUGUACGACCGCAUGAUGAUUGGCAUCCGGAUAAUCACUGCCACAGCAGCGUGGAUCUCUGCCAGUUCGCAGUCUGAUGGGAAGGAAGAGGUGUCGAAAGUGGAGGAGAUCAAGUCGCGACGAAAUGCUGUUAUUGAUGAGUUCCGCGUGAACUACUGGAAAUUGGACCCUUAUAUCCGAGCGCGGUCCUUCAUUGAUCGGACUGGGAUGAUUUUGCCUGGCGGUGGACUUGGGCUGGAUGAUAAUAUCAACGGUCAGGCAAAGUAG